AUGGGCUUUGAAGACAAGCGUAUAGCCAUCGUCGGCGGUGGCCUCGGAGGCAUGUCCUUCCUCAAUGCCGCCCUAUACACCGGUCUGAAGAAUGUCCAACUAUACGAACAAGCACCCCAAUUCGGCCAAGUCGGCGCCGGAGUGAGCAUCACGUCCAACGCCAACCGCAUCCUAGACACCUUUGGCCUGAAAGAGAGCAUGACCCGCUAUUCAUCCGGCCAGCUCCCGGCCUACAUGGAAUACCACAACUAUAAGACAGGCGAGUAUGUGGGCCAAAUUGAAGAAUUUUCGGAGCCCCCCACUCGUCUCCUGCACCGCGCCCACCUCCUCGACUCGCUGAAGGAGCGUAUUCCCGAAUCACGCCUUAGCUUGGGCAAGCACCUCAAAACUGUGGACCGCAAUACUGCUGCCGGCUCAGCCCCAUAUACCCUCCAUUUCCAGGAUGGCAGCUCAACCGACGCAGACAUUGUCAUCGGCUGCGACGGCAUCAAGUCGAAUGUGCGCCGGGAUAUGGGGCUCGGCGAUGACCCCAACUACUCCGGCCAAGUUGUGUACCGUGGCUUCGUCGACUAUAAAGAUCUCCCCACUGAGACGGCGCAGCUGCUCCGCAGGACUGUCAACUUCCGUGGUCCCAAGCGCCAUAUUCUGAUCUUGCCUAUUGGUAACAAGGACACGCAGACCGACCGUGCUGCUGUCAUUGGUUUCAUGUCUGAGCCUAUUGAAUCCUGGGAUACCGAGGGCUGGAUGGCCCGUUCCGAUAUCGAUAGCUUGCACGAGCAUGUGCGUGACUGGUGUCCGGCUGUGCAAGAUAUCAUUGCUGGUUUGAAAAAGGGCUCGCCUGAUGGUAAGAUGCUCAAGCAGGCUUUGUAUGUGCGUGACCCGCUUGAGAAGUGGUAUGAGAUGAAGGCAGAUGGUCAGAAGGAUGCUGGUAUUAUUCUGCUGGGUGAUUCUGCUCACUCCACUCUUCCCCACCAAGGCCAGGGGACUUGCAUGGCUAUUGAGUCCGGCAUUGCCCUUGCUACCGUUCUGCGCCACUGGAAGGGUGAUAGCCUUGAGGAUGCGUUCAAGUUCUACCAGAAUCUGCGCAAGCCUCGGACGGACCGGGUUACUAAGACUAGCUACGAGGCUGGUAAGCUUGCUAGCUCUGACUCUCCUGAUCAGCUGGACAGCACCUUCAACCCUGAUGCUUUGAUGGAGCGUAUGAAGUGGAUUAUGGAGUACAAUGUUCUCGAAGACUUGCGCAUCAAGGGUGCUGAUGUGUUGGACUUCCAGGAUUCACGCCUCUCGGGUGGCUUUCGCUCGCGGCGCUCAUACCCCAAUCUCAACCACGUCUCUCUAGCACCACUGACCCCACGAUUCCCCAUAGACGACGACACAGAACCAACAGACUACUUCAACCACGAAACCGACUCUCCAACAACCACAACCAGCCACGAAUAUCCAGCCCCCUCCUACCUAUCCAGCAUCUCAGUUCCAAGCACGCCCCCAAUCCUCUCCCACUCACGCAGCAGCUCACGCAACCGGCACACACGCAGCAAAAGCUCCAGCCGAACAGGACCCUCAAGUGACUCAAACCUGCACAGCCACGCCAUCUCCACGCCCCUCCAUCACAGCAACACAAUCAAGAAACCAGCAAGCACCUUCCCAGGCCGUCGCCACGUCCCAGAAACGGAUACAUCACACACGUCCAAAACAGACGCAGAAUGGAUGCUGCGCGCCGGCAUAGCAUUGGCCUCGUCAACGCGCGAGGAAAAAGGCCAGAGCUGGCUCUCUAAACGCGAAAGCUCGACUAGUCUUGUUGAAAUGCGUGAUGAUAAUACCGCUAUUAAUUCCCGCCACCACCACCACCGCACCAAAUCAGGCACAUCAUUACGCAAAUCCCGGUCCGGUGCUUCAACGCCUGGAGGGCUUGGUGCACUAUCCCGCCGUAGUUCUCGGUCUAGGGGUGGGAGUCGGCGUGGGAGUCGGGUUGGGUUGACUAUGACUACUAUCCCUGUAUCAUCAUCAUCACCGAAUACGAAUUCAGCAGGGCGGAUGCCCAGUUCGGACUCGGGUCCUGCAACGGGGGCUGCGACUGGGACGGCUAGUCCUGAGAUCCGUGGGCGGGGAAGUCUUGUGCCUGACUUUGUAGAUGAGCGUAUUCGCGCUGAGAUGGCUACUUUGCAACACCGAAAUCAUCGCUCCUUCUCGGAUGAAGAUUCGGAACUCUGGGAUGGGGAGGAUGUCGAUACAUCAGAGUCCGAAUAUGACUACGAGUCUGAUGAGACGCCGGAUGACUUCGACGAAGCAGAUUUGCAGCAGUUAACGCGCGAGCGCGGAUUCGGGCUUGGAGGGUGGAUUGACCGAUUGGUUGAGUGGACCCUUUUUGGGGUUGAGGAAUGGCCUGCGUCUGUACCUGAUGCUGCUGGUGCUGUUGCGGCUGCUUCGAGGAUUGGAACUGCGGAGACGAGUACUACUGUUACGUUUGAGGAACCAGUUAUUUUGGAGGCUGUGGAGGAGAGAGAGCGUGAUGAUUUGCUUUCGGUUGGGGAGGCGUCUGAUGAUGGUAAUGGUGACUCUGAGAAGGCUGAUGAGGAUGUUGUUCCUGUUGAGAAACCUGGAGCGAAGGGUGGGUGGGAGGAUGCUGGGUGGUUGUUCCGUGUUGUGAAGCAGGUGUUGGUAUGA